AUGGUUCUCUGGACGGCCAUCGCUUUGGCCGGUGUCGCUUACAUUGUGUACAAAUUGUUCUUUGCUGCAAAAAAUGGAAAACCGGAGAUUCUGAAGAAGGAAUGGAAGAAGGACACCGUUUACUUAUAUCAGUUUCCUCGUGCAAAGGCUCUGCCAAACCUGUCACCUUUCUGUUUGAAGAUCGAAACGUUUUUGAGGGCCAACAAAAUUCCUUAUGAAGUAAGUUAAUU